AUGGUGGUAAUCAACGGGAUCAAAUAUGCCUGUGAAACGUGUAUCAGGGGCCACAGAGCGGCGCAGUGUACUCACACAGAUGGUCCCCUGCAGAUGAUCAGACGCAAGGGAAGACCAUCGACUACCUGUGGCCAUUGUAAAGAACUGAGAAGAACCAAGAACUUUAACCCUUCCGGUGGGUGCAUGUGUGCUUCUGCACGACGGCUAGCGACUGGGAGUGAGGAUGACGAAUCACGGUGUCGUUGUGAUGAAGGUGAGCCUUGUAGAUGUCAUACUAGGAGGAAAACCAGUAGGAAGCAGAAGGCAGGAUCAUGCCAUAGCAGAGCAAGUCCUGAAGCGGCGAGCGCCAGCAAUCUUGGAGCGUUAGAUCUGGAGGCUUUUUUGGGUCUGAAUGACCCCUCGUCGUAUGGAAACGCAGCUGUCACACUGUCCAGUUUGAAGUCACCUGUGCAAAACGAUGACACCAAUGCAGAUAGUAUUGAUGACCUGAAUUUGUCUCCCCUCGGUACAUUUGAGCAAGACCCCGAUAAACUUCCGGAUCCUUCCAGUGCUAAUGACAAUGUAACCGCCAAUGCAACGGCAGACUCUCCUCUAAAUGAUAUUGAUAUUCCAUUUUCUAUCAAUGAGCUGAACGAGCUAUACAAGCAAGUAUCACCGCACACUUAA